UAGUGAUAAUUUUGGGCGCGCACUAGUGGUGUGGUGGUGACGACGAGCGGGAGGAACUUCAUUUCCUGAGCGGGAGGAACUUCACGUCUGGCAGAAUUGCGUUUAAGGCGUAGGCUACCCUAGCCUAGGCUACAGGUAUGCAACGUUUGCCAAAAUCCAAGAAAUUCCGAAGGAAAUCUGAUGACAAAGAGAACAGACCCCGGCAUUACAAAACCUUUCUUUGUAGAAGUGAGACACGAAUUCCAAGGUCCAGCAUAAACCGAAAAAGAAAUGCACUGGCCCCUCUUCCAUCAAAUCAAGACAGCAGUGCUGAGAUUUUCCUCGGCCCAAAAACUGCUAAACGGCCAAGAAGUGAACUGAACGACGAGUCAACCUGGGAUGUUCCAGAUGGAUCAAGUACUGGGUUGCAGCCAGCACCAUCACUCAGUACAUGGCAAAGCCAAACACAGGAUGUUCCAGAUGGAUCAAGUACUGGGUUGCAGCCAGCACCAUCACUCAGUACAUGGCAAAGCCAAACACAGCAUGUUCCAGAUGGAUCAAGUACUGGGUUGCAGCCAGCACCAUCACUCUGUACAGGGCAAAGCCAAACACAGGACACAACAGAACACUACCUCAGAGCAUCUCAACCAGUCCCAAGAUCCUGCAGUAAUGGACUAGGCCAACAGGAUUCUGAGGGGGAUGACCUUAUAUACCCAGGAGCACCUAUAACCAAAGGACAAAGUCUGCUUCUGUUAAUGGCCUACAUUCUGAGGCACAAUCUGACUGGGGUAGCUCUUGAACAUCUUCUUCAAAUAUUCAAUGUACACUUCCCAGGGUCAGUGCCCGCGACUUCAUACCUCUUCAAUAAAGCAUAUGGACGUUAUGGACAGUAUGAACCACAUUUUUACUGUUCUGGCUGUACCAGCUACAUAGGUAAUGCCACAAAUCAGGAAUUGAUACAGGAGUGCUCAAUAUGUCAUAUGGCAUUUGAUGCAGACACAAAUCUCAAGAAUGGAUCAUAUUUCAUUGUUUUGGAUCUAGCGAGUCAAAUAAAAGACAUUCUUGAAAGUCCUCAAACGACUGUAACUAAGAAUGUGUCAGCAAAUGGUGUUUUCACCGACAUACAAUCCGGUUUGCAAUACAAGAAACUGAUUGGAACAGAAGAUGUUGGAGAAUCUCACAUUAGUCUCCUCUGGAACACUGAUGGCAUUCCUAUUUUUAAAAGUUCAAAGAGUCAGUUAUGGCCAAUACAGUGUCAGAUUAUAGAACUCAAUGCAAAAGAUCGCAAAAACAAUGUCUGUGUUCCGUGCUUGUGGUUUGGUGAGGUCAAGCCAAACAUGACCACACUCCUGACACCAUUUGUUGACCAGCUGCUUAAGUUGGAGGAAGAGGGAAUAUCUUGGACAGACACACACAACUGCCACCACUCAUCUAAGGUGCAUGCAUUAGUCUGUAGUUCAGAUUCAGUGGCACGUGCUCAAAUCCGCAACACCAAACAGUUUAACGGACAAUACGGCUGCGACUUCUGUUAUCAUAGAGGUAGUCCAUACUCAAACCUUACCCCUGAACCCGUUCUCAGGUCAGAAUCUCAACACUUUGUACAUGCAAUGUCAGCAACAUCACAGCAACCUGUGAUGGGGGUGAAAGGUCCCUCUCCUCUCAUGAAGUUGUCCAAGUUUCAAAUGAUUAAUGGAUUUGUGCCUGAAUACCAGCACAGUGUGUGCCUUGGGGUGACUCGCCAAUUAAUGAAACUAUGGAUAGAUCCAAAGCACCAUGCAAAACCAUGGUACAUUGGCACUAACUCUGAGAGGAUUGAUGAGCAGUUGCUAGCCAUCAAGCCUCCAGUAGAAUUAACUAGAGUGCCACGUGCUGUAAAGGAGCGUAAAUUUUGGAAAGCCUCAGAGUGGCGAUCAUUCCUUUUGUUUUACGCUUUACCUGUACUUUCUGGCAUUCUGCCAAAGAAGUACCUGAACAAUCUUUUCCUCCUUGUGUUUGGCAUUUACACACUGUUACAGGAAAAUAUCCAUACAGUUGACAUUGACAAUGCAGAAAAGGCACUGAAAAAAUUUGUAAUGGGAUUCGAAAAGUUGUAUGGUCGAGAAAACAUGACUUUUAAUGUGCAUUUGAUGACCCACAUUUCAGCAAGUGUCAGGAACUGGGGACCUCUGUGGGCCACAUCCACAUUUUCAUUCGAGAGUUUUAAUGGCACCCUACUGAAAUACUUUAAUGGGACCACAUAUGUCCAAGACCAGAUUGUCAAAAGAUUCCUCAAAUGGCAAGAUCUUUCAAAACAUGCAAAUAAAAGAAUGAACAGUGCCAAUGAUACAGUGAAAAACCUGUUUGUUGACAUGCAAAACAGUAAGCGUAAAACAGCAAAAUCACUGCCUCUGUCAGACAACGUUAGGGUAUUUGGUAGUUCCACUACAGUGAAUCUGCCAGUACGACACAUGCUUGCUAUUGAGGAACUAGUAGGUGUACGUGUACAACAUGGCCUGUAUUAUGACCGUUUUAUUGUUGAUGGUGUACUCUAUCACUCUGACACCUACAAAGGACUGAAGAAAAGAAACAAUUCUGUCGUACAAUUGUCUGAUGGCACAAUAUGCAAGAUAUUGAGCAUUGUGGCAUUCAACAUAGGUAGCACACAGCAGAGUUGUGUUUUGGUCAGGGAACUUUUCAGGUCUGGAAGUGUAAUGUAUAGGGAUGCUGAACUUAAAAUUUCUUCCAGAUUUGUGAAUGAAGUGACUGAGUCCCAUAGCAUUCAUGCGGUGUGUCCACAAUCUUUCAAAAGGAAGUGUGUCAUGGUUAAUGUCAAAAAGAUGUAUGUGAUUGCCUUACCAAAUGCAAUUGAAGGGGACUGAUUUAAAUGUGACUGUACUGUAUUGAUACAUUCAAAUAACUUUAAAUUAGCUUCAUUGGUUGUAGGUAAUUUCAUGAGAUUUGUUCAAAUGGAGCAAUAUGUAGUGCCAUGUACAAGUUAUUGCUUGUAUCUUAGCGUUCCAAAUUGUUUAUCUUUCCUUUGUGAUUGUCUUUAUUUUCUAUGUACAGGGACAUUGAAAUGUGAUAGAACAUGUUGUGAAUAAAAUA